CUUGCAUAUUGGGUCAAAAGCUUUGCCUGCAAUUUCCCUUUCGUCAGUCUGGCGGCAUUUCUACAUUGGACUGCUCGCUCGCUGGCUGGCUCAAUGGAACUUUUUACUACUGCAUCGGAUUCUGAGACUGCACUCGGCAUUUACUAUCAGCGUGCCCCGAUUCCCAGGAAGAAAUCCCAAGCGGAGAGCAGGCUCUGCUCCUCAGUUUCUUCCUCACCGGCAAAACCCCAAGGGGGUUUAACGAAUCCCCACAGCUUUCAUUCAAAGUGAAGUUCUUCAAUCUGGAUAUGCAAGAGAGGAAGAGAAGUUGUUCCGGUUUAGCGAUCAAGAGCUGUUGUUGCAGAUGGGUUCUGUGUUUUCGAGUUUGUUGAUGUUCUAGGAGCCCCUCAUUCUUCAUGGAGACUGCUUUGAGCAAAUGGGUGUUGGCAUUUACUAUCUCCUGGUGGAUGAUCUUCUUUGUUGGGCACUCUUUGGAAGGACUUCCUGGUGAUGCCAAAGUUAAAGGAGUGAAUUUGGGUGGCUGGUUGGUUGUGGAAGGUUGGAUUAAGCCUUCUCUGUUUGAUGGCAUUCCCAAUGGAGACAUGCUUGAUGGUACAGAAGUUCAAUUCAAGUCGGUGACAUUGCAGAGAUAUAUCUCCGCAGAGAAUGGUGGUGGCAUGGGUGUCUCUGUUGGUAAAGAUUCUCCAUCCGCCUGGGAAACUUUCAGGUUAUGGAGGCUUUCGGCAUCAGAAUUUCAGCUCCGCACUUCGCAAGGGCAGUUACUAGCAUGUGAUGGUCAAGGGUGUACUGUAACUGCAACUGCAAAUUCAUCUUCAGAUGGGGAAACUUUUCAUAUCGAAAGGAACAACAAUGACAGAGUUCACCUGAAACUUUCCAGUGGAGCCUAUUUGCAGGCUACAAUUGGAAAUCAGCUCACGGCAGACUAUCCAGGAACACCGGGAUGGGACGAUAAUGCAGCCACAUUUGAAAUGACAAUCGUCUCCAACAACCUGCAUGGAGAUUACCAGCUUGCUAACGGAUAUGGUCAUGAUCAAGCCAAACAGGUUCUUAAGAAGCACAGGGACACUUUCAUUACGGUUGAAGAUUUCAAAUUCUUAUAUAGACACGGGAUAAAUGCAGUAAGGAUACCUGUUGGCUGGUGGAUUGCUUCUGAUCCUGAUCCUCCAGCCCCAUUUAUUGGGGGUUCAUUGGAAGCUCUAGAUAAUGCUUUCACAUGGGCUCAGUUGGGAGCCUAUGAUAUCAGAUGCAUAAUUGACCUUCAUGCAGCUCCUGGUUCACAAAACGGUUUUGAACAUAGUUCUAGUAAAGACGGUACAGUUGGGUGGCCUACUUCUCAGGACUACAUCUCCCAAACACUUGAUGUUAUAGACUUCCUAGCUUCAAGAUACGGAGACCACCCUUCCUUACUGGGGCUCGAACUUCUGAAUGAGCCUUCAGCUGCCUCGGUUCCCUUGGACAUCUUAGUGCCAUACUACUCACAAGGUUACCAGAUUGUUCGAAAACAAUCGCCUUCUGCUUACGUCAUUGUUUGCCAGAGAAUUGGCAAUGCCGAUCCGCUUGAACUAUACCAAGCUAACAUAGGAUCUCACAACUUAGUAGUGGAUUUGCAUUACUACAACCUUUUCGACUUGUUCUUCGUCAAUAUGAGUGCUUCUGACAACAUAGAGUUUAUAUUCAAGAGUCGAGAGACCCAAUUAGCAGCCCUGAAUGGUGCAAAUGGUCCACUUGUUUUCAUUGGGGAAUGGGUGAAUGAGUGGAACGUGACGAGUGGAUCUCAGGCAGAGUAUCAGAACUUUGGAAAGGCUCAACUUGAGGUUUAUAACGCAGCUUCAUUUGGAUGGGCUUACUGGACGCUUAAGAAUGACAGGAAGCACUGGGAUUUCGAGUGGAACGUCCGGAACAAUUACCUUCAACUUGGUGAUUCUCCAGGAAAGCAGAAUUUUGACGCUUUAGUAUUCCAUGGACUGGUCUCUGCCAUGCUGUUUCUCCAUGCUAUUUUAUGAUGGAUCGACAAUAGUGGCAAGAAGACUCGAGAGUGAGAACGAUACUGAUUUUGUACUGCGUUUUUCUUCAACUCUUCGUUCAAAAGCAUUUCUUCUGUUGGUUCCUGCAGAUUGCAAGACAAAUAAUCUGUUAAGAGUGACCAGUUUUCCUGCGUACUGAAUAUGCCCAGUAACACCUUGAAGUGGAGAAAAAAGAAGAAGAAAUAAGUCUGGU